AUGGCCGACUUCCAGUUCAUCCGUCUUGCGACAAAACCCACAGCACAAAUAUCCUAUAAUUUCCAGCCAUCAGUUUCCACAGCCAAGCCAGCAUUGCUAGUCUUUCUGAAUGGCCUCGGACUGCCCCAAGUGACAUGGCUGCAGACCAUCGCUCAACUAAAAACACUGCGUAACAACGCAAACAUUCCCGCUAUCCUGACCUAUGACCGCUUUGGACAGGGCCAAACCACAGAUCGCGACCCGAAGGAUGAAGGAGCUGCAGACCCAACGCAUGGCCAUGACUGCCUGGAAGUGGUUCACGACCUCCACCAACUCAUCAGCCAGAUCAUCGUCGAGAAGAUGGGCGUGUCUGACAGCACCAACGUGACUCUAUUCCUAGUCGCAAACUCAAUUGGAUGUGCGCUGGCCCGACUUUAUGCACAAGAGUAUCCUGGCACUGUAGCAGGGUUGUUACUUCUCGAUAGUGUCCUGGCGAACUCCGACUUUGUCUCGGUUUUCCCAGAUCCAGAUGCAACAGAGUUUGAUGCCGCUUCCCUGCCUGCGGGGGUUACUGCUGAGGCAUUGCGCGAAUCACGAGAGAGCGUACGACGAAUCUUCCAUCCUGAUAAUGGUAGCAAGGAAGGUCUGAGCCGGAAGAACUUAGCGUCACUACUGCCCGCCAGCGAUGGGCCCGUCCUGCAGGGGCCGGAUGGUCAUGGACCCUACGUGACCGUUGUUGGUCACGAUUUUGAGGCCUUUGCGGAGGAGUCAGCAAAGAUGGGACAUCAGAAAUUGUUGACGACGACGUACACUAACCCGUACUGGCAUCAAUACAACGAAGGGUUGGCCAAGAUCACGGAAGCAGCAAGGAGUAAAGGGCCGUUGCAGGCGCCGGGUUCAGGUCAUUUUGUGCAAAAGGAUAAUCCGGCGUUUGUGGCUCAGGAGUUGGAUGAAAUUCUGUCCAAAGUUUUAUGA